AUGACCGCCCAGCCCUCCGCGUCAACGUCUUCGGCGCUGGCCACGGGCUCGGCUGCCACAGGCGCAGAUAAGGAUGUGUCCUCCUCGAAAUCCCCCAGUAACAUGCCGGUGCGCACGAAGGAGUCCUUCGAUAAACUCAUGGUCGAGCGGUACAUCACCCGCGAUGCCAUCGCCGCCGCGGCGCUCGGCGGUCAGCUCGACCAGACACGCAGGAUAAUGAGCGACACGCGCGAAAAGAUCCAAGAAUACCGCCAGGUCCGCACCGAGUAUCGUCAAUGGUUCCCCCCGUCGAGGCUCUACGGUGAGGGCUACAAUGGCUUCGCCAAUGGAUACACAGAGAACCAAGGACCAUCACGAAUCAUCUAUCCCUCCCAGAAGCCCCGACCUGGCCAACGAACGACGCCACCCCUCAAGUACAAGCGCAAGGAUAUGCUGAAGCAGGCCGAGCAGCACGAGGAGUUGGUCCCGUUGCGUUUAGAGGUCGAAUGGGACAAGAUCAAGCUGCGUGAUACCUUUACCUGGAAUUUGCACGAGAGGCUUCUCCAGGUUGAAUUGUUCGCCGCCCAGCUCGUUGAAGACAUGGGCCUAAAGCCCCCCGCGUCUCAACCGGUAUACGAGCAGGUUGUUCAUCAAAUGCGAGAGCAGCUCAAUGAUUUUUACCCGCUGGUAUACUCGGAAGAUGAUGCGCUUGACCCCGAGCUCCCCUAUUCAGCAUACAAAAACGACGAGAUGCGAAUCCUCGUCAAGCUGAAUAUUACGAUUGGCCAGCAUACCCUUGUUGACCAGUUCGAAUGGGAAAUCAACAACCCGUCAAACUCGCCAGAGGACUUUGCUGCCAACAUGGCUCGGGAUCUGUCCCUAUCUGGGGAGUUUACAACCGCCAUCGCACACUGUAUUCGAGAGCAGACACAACUCUUUACCAGGAGUCUAUACAGCGUUGGCCACCCGUUCGAUGGUCGGCCAGUCGAAGACCCUGAUCUCGUCGGCGCAUUCCUUCAGACACCUCUCCCUACUGUCUUCAGACCGCAGCAGCAGGCCAAGGAAUACGCACCAUAUCUCUACGAACUCAGCGAAGCAGAUCUGGAGCGGAACGAGACGAUAUUCUCUCGUGAGCAGCGUCGCCAGAAGCGAUCGAUCAACAGAAGAGGAGGUCCCCAGCUGCCCGAUCUCAGAGAACGGCAAAGAACCAUUCGAACAUUGGUCGUCUCUUCUGUUUUGCCUGGGGCUGCGGCUACCAUCGACGAGAGUAGACUCUACAAACGGGCUGCUGGCCCUAGGGCGAAGCGCGUUGUACGUGAUGGAGAGAUCUCAGAUUCAGAUGAUAGCGACGAUUCAGCCCCUGACUCACCCGCCCCGUCACAAAUCACGGGCGGUACUGCUCGAACACGAGGUAUGCGCGGUGCUGCAUCUGCAGCUCAACAAAGAAUGGCGAACAUCGGCCGGUCUGAAACCCCUGAAUCGAGUGCCAUUACACAUCACCACGAGACUAGGACCUCCCGCCGGUUCAGAGAGGAAACAGAGGAGCCGUUGCAGUUGAUCGUGACGCUCAAGCUGUCCUGCGACAAGCUGAGGCGGUUGAUGAACCGCGACUACUCAGACUUGAGGCCGCCAUCUCAGACACCAGUGUCCUUCCCACGAGCACCCAGCGCGUCCACUCCAUCACGAUCCAUGCCACCGCCACCUUCGACCCCGUCCAGCGCUAUGCCUCACGCUUCAGCAACUCCAUCCUCGUCCCUUCCGCCAGGUCAACUUGGCCGGCUACCGGCACCCCCAACGGUUCCUGGACAGUCUUCUCACAUGCCAUCACCCCCGGCCCCGGAAUGGCUUGUCAAUGCCCUCAAGGAUUUAGAGAAGACCUAUAACCGUGGCGACAGGUUCGAGGCCACGAUGAAGUACUCCUUUCUGCACCCCGUGACAGAGCUGCCUAUCCAAGGCCAGCCUCUGCCCGAAGGUGUUAAAUAUGCCUGGCUGCCGCGUAUCCGCUGCCUGGACUGUACAACCAAGCUCUAUACACCUGGCCCAGAUAUGACGGUCAAGAAGUUUGAGACCCAUCUCGAUUUUUCAGGGCACAAGAAUGCUGUUGCGAAGCGCGUGGCGAGGGAGGCCAAUCCCUGA